ACUAGGGCACUCAGCAAGGAAGGGCAAAAGGUAAAGCCAGUUGGUGGCAGGGCUGCCUGAACUAUCAAUAACCAGAGGACGCGAAGAAGGGCAGGGGUCUUUUCUGGCAAGACAUCUAGCAAUUCUGUGACAGAAUCUGGAAGGCAAUGACUACGGGUUUCCAGAAUACUAGAAUUCACAAUGAACCAGUCGCUGGGACCAGCUUUCUCUAGGGUCCUGGAACAAAUGGAAGAAAGACAUGGCAGAUGUCACCUCAGAAUCCUCCAGUUGAAAGUAUACAAGUACAGUUUACUGAGUGUGAAAACGACAAAGGCUUCAUUUUCACAUCUACAAAUAGUAAGACCAUGAAGGUGCAAAACAACUCAGUUAUUGUCAACUGUGAUGGGUUUUAUCUCAUCUCCCUGAAAGGUUUCUUUUCCCAGAAUAUCAACGUCUACCUCCAUUACCGGGAGAAUGAGGAUCCCCUCUUGUCUUACGAGAAUGUCCAGUCUGUCAAGACUGUCAUAGUGGCCCACCUGGGAUACCAGGACAAAGUCUACAUUAGUGUGACCACUGACAACACCACCUGUGAAGGCAUCCAAGUGAAUGGUGGGGAACUGAUUCUUAUUCAUCAAAGUCCUGGGGAAUUCUGUGGCAACUGGCCACACUUAAGCCAGACGCCCACACAAAGCCCGAGCUAGGGGUGAGCUAUACACUGAGUCUUACUUGUGAGUGCAGGAGUCUUCCCAGCUCAACCUCCGUAAGUGAUGACAUGGGAUGAGACCAGACACACAUCCUUCCGAACACUCAGGGAUAUUUAAAACUUAUUUCACAUGCCAAUUAACUUUAUUUAUCCUCAAAUCUUCUAAGUGACCUAGCACCUUGCAAUUGCGUCAAGCUCAUUAGGCAUCUUUCUGAGAAAGAAAAUCAGUGCCUCUUUUUCAAGACACAUUGCUUCUAUUAGUCAGGAAAUUGUCAUCAUAAACUGACUUACCGAAAAAGACACGUGGCAACUAUUGCGAGAAAUCUGACAUCUGAUGUUGUCAAAAUGAAGGGGAACAGGAACAGAAGUUAGAAGCCUGUCAAGAUGGCAAGGAAUGAUCCUAGGAAACCAAGGCUGCACCAAAAGAUGAAAUUUGUUGCAGUUUGCAUGUUGCUGAAAUACCUCUGUCUUUUGGUGGAUUCACAGGAAGAAAACUUCUGAACUGUUAUCAGGGUUUAAUGAAGAGAGCUGGCUAAGGAAUUCUCUCUGUUCUGAGCAUUUUUUCUUUACCACUCUGCUUUCACAACAUCCAUAUGUUCUUAAGUAGAAAUUUCCCUUCAAAGAAUCCUCCUGGGGGCUGUGAUGCUAUGAAAAAUUGAGUCAGUAUUUUAAGGGAAAUUAUGAGGAAUUUUUGCAAGUUGGGAGAGUAAGUUAAUUUAUUGUGGAAUUAAUCACUAUUGUAUAAGAGAACAAUGAAACUGAACCUCUCAGGGUAAAAGUCCAUAGGAAUUCUGUCUUGGGAGGAAAACAUAUUCUUUGCCACAGGUAGGCAAGCAACACGUAUGUACCCUCUUGCUUAUACUAAAGCAUGCACUCUGUCUCAUACCUUGUGUACAUUUGUCCACACUGCUAGUUUCAAGCCUGAGGCAAUUCUAUUAUCAAAUGCAACUUUAUUUCAAAAGGCACUGAGAAACUAUUAUAGUUGAUGAAAAGUAAUUAUUUAUCUAGAAAUACCAUAAUAUCACAUGUGACUUCAUACAAAUAUUUGAGACUAGAAGGUCCAAUAGUCACCUGAAACUUCCAAGGGAGUAUGGUCCCUUAUGUUUAACUUGUUUCACUUAAUGUACCAAGUUUAUGACAUUGUGGAUAAAUGUGAGUCUUCCUAAGUCAGAUUUCCAGGUGGUUUGUAAAUUUUCUGUGUUGCAACCUUUACAAAUUAAGAUUUUUGAUCAAAUUUCUUUCAUGGUAACAAAUGUUUCCCAGACAUUUAAGUUUAGAGUACUUGGCACAUUGUAGACUCUGGGUGGUUCUGUCACCAAAGUAAAUCUACUGUGCUUAGUACAUUGUAUCUUCAGGAUCUCCAGAAAGUUGGAAGGCAAUUUGUCUUACACUAAAUGGUCUCAAUUACACUUAGAUUUUUGUUUUCUAUCUCUUCUUAAGUGUCUAUCUCCAACUAUAUUCCCUCCCUUCCUUUACUUUAAUCUGUUAUGAAGAGAAGCUAAAUAAACAUGUUAAAUAAAAGGAAGCUAAGUAAAAUAAAUUGUGUGUGAGUAAGAAUAAUAAAGCUCUAAGUUACUGCCAACCCACACACAUAAUCACACUUUCAGUUAAACAUUCAUGGAGUAU